GGACUUGAUAAUGUGUACCGUGACCUCUCUGCAACACAGUCCAUCACUGUUUUCAAUUACAUACAAGACUAUCUCAAGUACCAGUCCAGCCAAGGUUUGUGUGUUUGUGUGUUUAUAUGCUGUUUCAGGCUACUAGGUAGGCAGUGAUAAGAUGAUGUGAUUUCAGGCUGAUAAUGUUAGGGUUAGGGUAAGUCAGGAGUGUCCUAGAUGCUCAAUCUGAAUUCACCACAGACCUUUUACAUCAGUGUCCUCUGUUGCUUCGCAGGCCUGAGUUGCUAUGGUGGUGGAAGCUUUUACAUGUUCCUGAAACAGUUGUUCCUCAGUUUUGGAUUCCCUGACCUAAUAGACUUCCUGUCUCUUAUCCCAGAUGACCGACAGACAGAGCUCUUGAGCUCCAUCUCUCCAGAAGAACUUGGUGAGUUUCUGAACAGACCGAACACAGUUGUUAAUGGUUCCCAGCUCUGCACACUACUUGACAAGUACAGUAGGACCAAUCAGUACCUGGAGAUGGAGCCUGUUUUGUCCUCAGUUCUGGCCAGCCAAACAUUGGAGUGUGUGUGGCCUCGUGCUCUCAGUGCCUCAACUCAGGCUGAUGUAGAACAGUGGUUUAAUGUUAUACUGGUUCACUACCUGCCCUACCUCAGAUCUCAGCUCAUCAGCUCCACCCAGCUCAGUGGUGCCUCUUGUCUGUCAUACAGGAAACUGGUGUCUAUCCUGGGGGACAACUUUAAUUUUUCUGCAGCUGAUUUCUCCCCAGCUGAUGUGUACAGCUCUAUAAAAGUGUAUCUGAGAAGUGGCAGUAAGAAUAACUACAUUUUUCUUGUUUCUUUUUUCUAGUUCUCUCUGUACAAGCAUUUCCUUUGUUUGUGUGUGCACUACAUGGGUGUCUCAACAUGUGAUUGUGUAUUUUGCAGAUGCCAGCCCCCGCUGCUAUAACUCCUCAGAUCCUUUUCUGAACUCCACUGCCUGGUUUGCAGACAACAUUGGAUUCUUCAUCACCUUCAUCACCCUCAGUGAUCUACAAUCCUUUC